AUGGAGAGCCUUGUUGGAGGAGAAGGCUCGCUAAAAGACCUAUCUGUACCAUAUACACGGCCACAUGCUCGGCCGAUACCACAAUUCCUUGCUCACGGUGACUCGAAAUGCCUUCCGAAAGUUUCGCAGGAACUCGUCGAACACUCCGCGUUCAAGCACGCUACCUGCCGCAAGUACUCGCCAUUCAUAACGGGACGAGCACGCAUCGCGACAGCCACGGCGCACUUCGGUGAGCCUAAUCCACACUAUCAGAAAGCACUUGAGAAUCAUCUUCUCCAUUCUCUGAUCCACGGGACCGAAGUUAGGGUGAUGUGCGACCCCAUUGUCGACUCCCUGUGGAACAAGCCAGCCUUUAUCCUCGAACUGCUACUGCGCGAGAUGCUCAAGCCAGAAAAAGAGCGUCUAGAGUGGAUCCAAUGGGUCGACCGCGACACUCUGAUCCUCGACCAUUGCCGCCCGAUAUCAAGUUUCCUGCCACCGGAGCAGUCGCGCUUUGGAACAUGGUGGCACCCCUCCAGCAACGACCAGAACCAGCCAGACAAACCAGACAACACAACCCACCUACUAGUCACCAGCGACGUGAACGGCCUCAACAACGGCGUCUUCCUCCUGCGCGUAAACCACUGGGCAAUCGACCUCUUCACCGCCAUCCUUGCGUUUCGCCACUACAAGCCAGACGUCGAACUCCGGUUUACCGAGCAGUCGGCCAUGGAACACGUCCUUCGAACAGACCACUUCAAGCACCAAAUCCGCUUUGUGCCGCAGAGCUGGUUCAACGCGUAUGACCGGGGUGGCGCAGAGCUAUUUGCUACGAGAGAGAACGAAGAAGGGUUGCAGGCGGACCAUGUCAGAAGAGGAGAUUACUUGGUGCAUUUUGCAGGUCAUGGGAAUAAAGGGCAGGUGAUUGAGGAGUGGGUUGGCGUCUUGGGUAAUAUGGAGGAUGUUUGGGAGAAGGGAAGUGUGCAGCGGGAUGUUAGUCGGGAGGUUGCGGAGUUUUGGAGGGGACUGGGGUAUGGGACGUGA